AUGGGUGACGUCGCUGUCGAAAACCCAGCAAACCAAGUGGCACCUCACAAGAGGACCGCGCACUCAGCCAUCCCCACCAUUGAUAACUUCGAGGGUGUAUCAACCGAUGGAGGAGAUGAUUACGCGAACCUCAAGAAGCUUCAGAGGCAACUAGAGUAUAUCCAGCUGCAGGAAGAAUAUAUCAAGGAUGAGCAAAGGAGUUUGAAGCGUGAGCUGGUGCGAGCUCAAGAAGAGAUCAAGCGAAUUCAAAGCGUACCACUAGUGAUCGGGCAAUUCAUGGAGGCCAUUGAUCAAAAUACUGGGAUUGUGCAGUCCAGCACUGGAUCCAACUAUGUCGUCAGAAUUCUUUCCACCCUCGAUCGUGAGAAGCUCAAGGCUUCCUCCUCGGUCGCUCUCCACCGACACUCCAAUGCCCUCGUCGAUAUUCUCCCCCCUGAGGCCGACUCCUCCAUUGCCAUGCUUGGUGCCGACGAGAAGCCCGAUGUGACAUACGCCGAUGUUGGUGGUUUGGACAUGCAGAAGCAGGAGAUUCGCGAAGCUGUCGAGCUGCCCUUGACACACUUCGAUCUCUACAAGCAGAUUGGUAUUGACCCUCCCCGAGGUGUUCUGCUCUACGGCCCUCCCGGUACCGGCAAGACCAUGUUGGUCAAGGCCGUUGCCAACUCAACCACUGCCAACUUUAUCCGAGUCGUCGGGUCCGAGUUUGUCCAGAAGUACCUGGGUGAGGGACCCAGAAUGGUCCGAGAUGUUUUCCGCAUGGCUCGCGAGAACUCCCCUGCCAUCAUCUUCAUCGAUGAGAUUGAUGCUAUUGCAACCAAGCGUUUCGAUGCCCAGACAGGUGCAGACAGAGAAGUUCAGCGUAUUUUGCUUGAACUUCUCAACCAAAUGGACGGUUUCGACCAGACCGCCAAUGUCAAGGUUAUCAUGGCCACCAACCGAGCCGAUACUCUAGACCCUGCUCUUCUCCGACCCGGACGUCUCGACCGAAAGAUCGAAUUCCCCUCCCUGCGAGAUCGCCGUGAACGACGUCUCAUCUUCUCCACCAUUGCCAGCAAGAUGAGUCUGGCCCCCGAAGUUGACCUCGACUCUCUCAUCGUCCGAAACGACCCUCUAUCCGGUGCCGUUAUUGCUGCCAUCAUGCAGGAGGCCGGUCUCCGUGCCGUCCGCAAGAACCGUUACAACAUUAUCCAGACCGAUCUCGAGGACGCUUACUCAAGCCAGGUCAAGGGUACUGGAGAAGAAAACAAGUUCGAUUUCUACAAAUAA